AUGUAUAUUAGAAUAGCCAUUUGUUUGAGCAACCCUUUAUCAUCCGCAUUUUGGCAAGCAACUCAUUGUGUGAAAACAUUGUCAACAGAAACAGGGCAAGGAACAAUAGUUGAAGUAACCCAGGUCGAUGAAUCUGUACCAUUUCAUGUACUACUGAAAAACAGAAGAAAUUUUAGUAAGAAAAAUCAGUAUUGGUUGGUGCUAUCAGUCGACAAUGAAAAAGUUCUCUUACAGAAAAUCGUUAACGGUCAUCAAAAGGUAUUGAAACAGGCAACAGCUCAUGAUCAUAUUCUACAAACAUCACAUCCAAAUGGAUACAAGUAUUGGCUAAGCAUUGAUUACAAGACCCUUGUCAUUAAAUAUGGCCGGGGUGAAAUGAGAAAUGAAUGUACGCUCUUUUGUCUUCAUAUGGCUGAUGCUGAUGACAAGAAAUAUUUACCUAAACUGAAAUACACAUACUUGAAACAAGCUGAAGAGAACGAAGAAGAAAGCAGUGAAAAGACCAGCACGUGUCAUGAAAUGUAUGAUCAUCCCGUCUCAGGUGUCAUACCGACCUAUGUCAUCGAAGAAGAGAUGAUUGAAGAUCAACCGAAGAACAAAAGCUUAAUUACAGCUGAAGACUUGGACAAACCAAAUCAACGACUGUACAAAACUAUUAUGGAUUUUAAGUUAACUGAUCCAACAUUUCCCAAUUUCAUCGAUGCCAUUGAACAAAGCGGUCGUGAACCGUCAGGAUGGUGCCACAAGACACUACGUGAAGCAGUACCAAUAUUAACAACAACGAAACGAACAACGGCCAUCGUUACUACUACCAGUGAAUCUGCAGAACAACCGCCGCUGCCAAUGAAACCAUUACAUGUUGCUACCAAUCCAGAUUUACACGUUACUUUCAAUGAGACUUAUACAAUUACAUGCAUAGUUUAUGUUUCUGGUAGUUCUAAUGUUAGCUUUCGCUGGAUACAAGUUGCACCGAAAAUAAGAUACGCAUUGUUAAAUCAUGAUGGUCCAGGAUUAAAAGAAACACUGUCGACAGAAGUCAUUUUAUUCUCACGUAUAAAAAUUGAUGAUAAAUCGAAAUUAGGAAAUUAUACAUGUUAUGUAGAAGAUGAAGCUAAAAAUUGGGGACCAGCACGUAUGACAAUACACCUGCUCAAUUCAGACACCGUAACAACAACUGCAGAAAAUAAAGCUCAAGAAGAGGUGGAAACAACUGUUGGAGCUGUUUGUAGUCCUCAAUGUGAAAACAACGGACGAUGUGUUAAUGCAAAUGUUUGUCAGUGUGCAAAUGGAUGGACUGGUAGCGAUUGCACAAUACGUGCCCACCUCCGAUUUCAAUGA